AUGGGAUCUCUAGACUCUGACGCAAAGUUGCCAUGGAUUAAGACACCAUGUAUCAUCAGCACUCAAUUAUCCCGCCUUACAGGCUGCAAUGUCUAUCUCAAGCUUGAAAACCUUCAACCUUCAGGGUCCUUCAAGACCCGUAGCAUCAGUAAUCUCAUGACCCAAGCUGCUGCCGCAGCCACAGGUCCUGUUCAUUUUUACUGCUCUUCAGGCGGCAAUGCCGGCCUGGCAUGCGCAACAUCAGCUAUUUCGCUCGGUCACAAAGCCACAAUUGUUAUGCCUACCAUUGUUAGUCCGCUCAUGAAAGGUAAGCUACUUGAUCUGGGAGUAGAAGUGCACCAGAAAGGCAAGACCUGGGCCGAGUGCGAUAAGUACAUGCGCGAAGAGCUGGUGGCCAACGAUCCUUCAGCUAUUUAUGUCGCACCAUUCGAUGAUCCUCGACUCUGGGAUGGAGCGUCAACUAUGGUGGAUGAGAUUCGAGAUCAGCUCGAGGAUCGUGUCGAUGGUAUCGUCUGCAGCGUUGGCGGUGGCAGUUUAGUUAACGGUUUAAUGCAAGGCAUCGAGAGCCGUCCCUGGCUGGGAACAAAGCCUGCUGUUCUGGCCGUUGAGACUGAAGGAGCCGACAGUCUCAACGCCAGUGUCCUCGCUGGCGAGCACGUAACGCUACCCGAGAUGACUUCGAUCGCAACGUCUCUCGGUGCUACAAGAGUAUCGGAGCAGACAUGGAAGUGGAGUCAGCAUCCUUCAGGGACGAUGAAGAGUCUUGUUGUGUCUGACGCAGAUGCUGCCAUAAGUGCUGUGCGAUUUGCGGACGAUGCACUACAACUGGUUGAAGUAGCAUGCGGUGCAGCCUUGGCGAUUGCUUAUCGGGGAGACCUAAGAAAUGUUCUCGGAAAGGGCUUGUCUGAUGAAGAAUGGAGCAAGAAGAACGUGGUGUUUGUGGUUUGUGGUGGCUCUGGCAUCACGUUGAGUAUGUUGUCUGAGUACCGGGAAACGUACUCUGGACAGUCAUCCAUCAAGGUCUGA